CUCACAAAUACAGAAUAAGAACAAACUACGAAGUUCUGAAUUCGUUUGAUGUACAAAUUUAGUUUUCAGGCCUUUUAUACGUUCGAAAGGCUAUAUCCCCACCGCUUCAACGUUAGCCAAUCAAAAGACACAACGUAUUGAACCGAGGAUAUAUAUAUGAGUGCUUCCAUCUGCAGAUUCAAAGCAUAACAAAUGAGAAGUUUAUUCAUUUUUACAACGUAAAAUGACACGCAUAAAUCAGUGUAAUAAUAGAAAUAUAAAGAGUAAAUUUCGCUCGAAAAAUAAUGCCAUUCGAGAAAUAUAUCAUUAUCAAAAGAAGACGAAAUUAUUAAUACCUAAAAAAUCAUUUGAAAGACUUAUUCAAGAAAUUAUUCAAAAUAUACAAGAUUAAACAAAUAAGAAACAUGACAACAAACAGAGUUUUCAAUGUAAAAACUACAUCAAGUAAAAUGCAGCGAUAAUAUAAUAACAAGAUAUUAUAAUUUAGAACAUUAGUGAAAUUAUCUGUUAAAAAAAUUUUCAAAUAUUUUGAAUAAAUAUUCAGAAUUAUCAAGAA